AGGGUAGUACAGUAAUUAAACUGCCACUAUUUUAGGGUUCAUAUAAAUCAUCAUCUUGCCUCAUUCACUCAAACUAAAAUUCUUGACAUCUACAUUUUUUUGAGGUAGCAGAGUUUUUGGUAUACCAAUAUUGCUGGAAAAAUGUCGGGAGAGGAUGUUGCUGUUGCUGUUGCCGAGGCUCCUGCUCCAUCACUUGGAGAGCCCAUGGACAUCAUGACUGCUUUGCAGCUGGUGCUGAGGAAGUCUAAGGCUCAUGGAGGCCUCUCUCGGGGACUACAUGAAGGUGCAAAGGUGAUUGAGAAGCAUGCUGCACAGCUUUGUGUGUUAGCAGAGGACUGUGACCAGCCAGAUUAUGUCAAAUUGGUCAAAGCGCUCUGUGCUGAUCACAAUGUCAGUUUGAUUACGGUUCCGAAUGCAAAAACUCUUGGCGAAUGGGCUGGUUUGUGUAAGAUUGAUUCUGAAGGGAAAGCAAGGAAGGUGGUCGGCUGUGGCUGUGUUGUUGUGAAGGAUUACGGAGAAGAGACUGAGGGUCUGCAUAUUGUCCAAGAGUACGUGAAGUCCCAUUAAAUUCGCGGUGCAUAUGAAGGAAGACCUCUUCCCUCCCUACCAAAAUGAUAAUCCAGAAGACAUUAGUUCUGCAGAUGAUUUUCAGUUUUUAAGAUUAGGUUGAAACUAUUAAACCUAGCAUCGGAAAACUCUCUCUGUUGUUCUUUUACUUUGUUGACUUCAAAAGGAAUUAAAUACUCAAUUGGAAAUUGCAGGUUUUAUUUUAGGUUGCUA